AUGGAAAACGGAGACGGCGAUUCUCCCCGGAGGGCUCCGGGCCUGGCCGGUGGAAGGCGGGGCGAAACGCGAGGCCAGCCAAUAGAAACACGGGCAUCUCGCCCCGGGCAGGUCUCCAAGACGGGCAAGGAGAUCAAGGAGUACAUCGAGUCCAUGGCGGGCGAGGACCCGCUGCUCAAGGGCGUGCCCGAGGACAAGAACCCCUUCAAGGAGAAGGGGGGCUGCACCGUCAGCUGACCCCCGUGCCCCCCAGGACCGCCGGCAGGCUCCUGCUCCCCCUCCAGCGCGGCCUCGGGCAGCCCAGAGCCGAACCCUAGCGCAGUGAAAGGGCAGCACGAGGAGGAGGAGAAGGAAAAAAAAAGCAUGAACAAAGCAAAAACAAAAAAAAAAAAAGGAAAAAACCCAAAAAAACCCAAAAGUCCCACCCCCGCCGCAGCUGAGCUUCCCACGA